UGCCGCUCUAUCCGCGCGGGGGCCCUAGUCUCGGCGUUCCCCCGCGGAGGACUGACGGCAGGGGGAACCGCGGGAGGGGGAAAGAGAAGAUGGCGGAGGCCUCGGCAGCGGCCGCCGUGUCCCAGCAUCGGUUCUUCUGCCACAGCUGCAAGGGGGAGGUCAGCCCCAAGCUGCCGGAGUACAUUUGCCCCAGAUGUGAAUCUGGCUUUAUUGAAGAAGUGACAGAUGAUUCCAGUUUUCUAGAUGGUAGUGGCAGUGGAAUAGACGACAGUCCAUCCACACAGUUUGCAGAGCUUUGGGACCACUUGGACCACACAAUGUUAUUCCCAGACUUCAGACCGUUUCUGAGCAGCAGCUCGCUGGAUCAAGACAGCCGAGACAACGAAAGGGGCCAUCAAGCACAUGCGGAUCUCUGGGGACCAAGCAGACCCCCGCGGCUGCCCAUGACACGGAGGUACAGAUCCCGGGGCAGUUCACGUCCAGACAGGUCUCCUGCUAUUGAAGGAAUAAUACAGCAGAUCUUUGCAGGGUUUUUUGCAAACUCAGCAAUCCCAGGCUCACAGCACCCUUUUUCCUGGAGUGGAAUGCUGCACUCCAAUCCAGGCGACUAUGCAUGGGGACAGAGCGGCCUUGAUGCUAUUGUGACCCAGCUUUUAGGACAGUUGGAAAACACAGGACCGCCCCCAGCUGACAAAGAGAAGAUCACCUCUCUUCCAACGGUGACAGUAACUCAGGAACAAGUCGAUACAGGUUUGGAGUGUCCUGUUUGUAAAGAAGAUUAUACAGUAGCAGAGCAGGUUCGACAGUUACCGUGCAAUCACUUCUUCCACAGCAACUGCAUCGUGCCAUGGUUAGAACUGCACGAUACGUGUCCAGUCUGCAGGAAGAGCUUAAACGGCGAAGAUUCCACUCGGCAAACACAGAACUCGGAGGCCUCAGCAAGUAACAGCUUUAGCAGCGAAAGCCAAUUACACGAUCGAUGGACUUUCUGAAGCUUGAGGGCUUCCCGGGGGCUUUGGCCGUAGUAUUCUUACUACAGUUGUAAAUUGUAUUAUAAUUAAAACCAACAAAAAAAGAGUAGCAGGAAAUAUAGGGGAGGGAACCCAACCCGUGAUAUUACUGCAACGAGUACUGUCCCUUUCCAAAACUUAAACUAGCAUCUCCGAGCGAAUCACAUCUCCAUCAGAAUUGCCUCUUUAGUCCUGAAUUGAGUCUUUGAGUGAUUGAUUUGAUUUUUAUACUUGUGAAACCUUAAUUAACGUGGUUCUUUCAAAGUGUGUGAGGAAGGGAGCAUUUCCAUCUCUACAGGCUCACUGGCGUCCUGAGCGCUGUCAUGCAGUGUUCAACGUUGAGAUGGAAUUCCCCCCCGCCUCACCCUCAGUGUUCCUAGAUAAAAUGCCAUGGAGAGGUAUGGGGCCGGGGGGAAUACUCCCGCUUGGUAACAUAUUUGAUCAGAUGGGAGCAGCUGCUAAGGGAUGCAAACGAGGAUUUUGACACAUCUCCCUCACCCCAUUUUGCUCCCCUAAAACAGAGUGGGUGAAAUUGACUCCAUUAGUGUUUACCUCUUCUCUUGAAUUCAAGUGAAAUAUACACAGUGUUCUAGGUUACUUAUGGGGGUGGGAGUGAGAAUUUAUAAGAUAAAAGGGGAUGAAGAAUCUCUUUGGAUCAAAAUGUCUUGCCCAAGGCUUUCUUGUGGGGGGUGAUGGGCCGGGAGAUGCAGAGACAUCCAGAAUUCUGGGGAGCAGGCAUGCACAGAACAUUUUUGUCUCAUGACCUGAUUUUUCUAGUCUUUAUCCAUGUGCCGAUGUUCCCGGAUUUGUCCAAAACGGGUUGUUUGGAAUUUUUUUUUUUUUAAACCCAUCUGGGCAGUAAUUCAUGUAGGAUCCUUAACUGACUUGUAUCAUAUGGACCACUUUAAGGCAUCCUUCAGGUAAACAGACUUAACUGUGCAUAACUGUUUUAAUGGCUGAUUCUUCAGUGUUUAACAUGAAAUCUUAAUUCUCCUAGACCGAUAACAUUAAGAGAAUCUCUCUUUUUUUUUAUUUUUCACUUCUGUAACAUUUCAUCCAUGUUUAGCUCUUGUUUUUAUCGUCCAAAUCAUGUUUGAGCGUAGAAUGCCCACUAACCCACCUGUGGCAGUGUUAAAUCAGUGGAUCAGCCCGGAGGAAGGAGGAAAGGAGAGGGUAGGUCGCGUCUAAAAUUGUUGCCACUUCAUUGCUGUAACAGUGUACCAGGUACACUUGAUUUAAACUAGUGUUUCGUUUGCUAUAAAGUCAAAUAAAGGCCUUUCUAAAGAAGAUCAAAUGUUGAGAGGAUUGCUGGGGGGUUUCCGGGGGUGGAUGAGGGAUUUUGAAAAGUACCAAAAGACUAACCGGAGACAAAAUUAGGCAGGAGUGUUGCGACUUCUUUAUUAAAGAACAUAGGGUCUAGCUUAAAGGUGUUCUUUAUGUUAAGGGCUUAAUCCAGGACCCUUGGGAAUCAGGGGAAAGACUCUGGGUUUUGGAAACUGACCUAUAUUCUGAAUUGCAAAGUACCAGACUUAGGGUAAAAUUAUAAAAGCACCUAAAUCUUGUUUUCCAAAGCGACCUGGGAUCUCAUGGUUAAGGUUUUGCAGGGUCGCUAAUGGCUUUGGGUGGCCAACUUGAAGGCACCCUAAAGGCGCCUGAUUUUUCAGAGAGUCGGUCCGUAGCACUUUCUGAAAAUUGGGCCCCCUCGAGGCGUCGCGUGUGGCACUCCCCGCAAUUGAGACACCUGGAAUUACUAGUCACUUUUGAAAAUCUGGACCUAUCCUAUUGAAAGUCAGCAGGACUUCAGCUCUGAGGCACCUAGGUCGCUGGUGAGAAUGGCGCUCGGGCAUUUGAUACUUUGGUCUUGACUGUGUUGGUUAGAAAGCUGCGCCCUGGUCACGGCCCAGUGGAACAAUCCUAGCAGACGCUGUUGUUAAGCCUGGCUCUGGAAUACCAUUGCAGAGUGCGCUGAGUCGAGAUUUGAGGCACUGAAGCCGACGGCCCCUCGUUGGAACAGCUCAGUCUAGCGCACUGCCCGUAAUGUGCAUUGAAUUGUUUGGCACCGUCCCCGCGAGGGAUCUCCCGCUGGGUGAGGAUGGUUUAUCUUCCUGGCUAUAAACAGGGCUGAUCUGAAGCAUACUGAAGUCAAUGGGAGCCUGCAGCAGGCCUCGAGAUGGGGAACCGGGAGCUGCAAAGUCCCCUUUUAGAGCCUCUCCCGAGAAGCUGAAGCUGCAGCACUAGUGGGAGUUGUUAGCAGGAUUGGAACACCCCUUCCCUGGCUAGCGAGGAUUGUGUGCACACUCAAGAGCCGUGUUAGGCCCUUAAAGCGAAGAACUCCAUAAGGGACAAGUGUGCGCGGACUGGGUCUCAGACACACAGCCCCUGUGCCGCUGCUGAGGGAAAUGCGAUUGGCACUGCGAGUGGUUCUUAUUCUAGUGUGGUCGGGGCUUAAAUUGGUGGGGGGAGAACGGCUGGGAUACAGGAGGGUUUCUAUGAGCGAUUCAUAUGGCCUAUGAGGGCCUUUAAUGAAUAAACGUCCGUUCUGGGAGAUAGCAGAGGAGGCGAACAUUUGGUAUGUUAUUAUUUUAACUGUUUUAUUGUGCUAACGCCUAGGGUCCAGCUAGAUUGGGACCCAGUUGUUCUAGGCAUUGUAUAAACGUACCACCUGCCCUUUUUGCAAUCUAAAAGUAUAUUGGUGGUGGGAGGAAGCAUCAGGAAAUUCAUGCCGUGGAGUCUAUUCUGUUCUAUUCGCUGCGUUCUUAGACCGCCCUCAUCGUCACUGUCACAUCCGAGUGCCUUCCAGUCAUGCAUUAAGGGACGUGACUAAUAUCUGCCACAGGAGGCUUGGUUUGGCUUUUGCAAAAGCAUCUGUGAGUCUCCCGUUGUGUGGUGGGAUCUAAUCUCUCACUUGAUGGUGCUAUAUGCUAAAGCAUAAUCACCUGCAAAUACAUCUCACUGCCAACUACACACCCUCUAGACUUGAUAUUCAGACUCUGAUUCCUGAAACCCUCAAUCACUGAAAAUUGUUGGGUAUUCCGUUGAAAUCAAGCUCUGAUUUUAAAAUAAGAAAUGAAUCCCCAGCCAGGCAGACUGAUGUUGUUUCACCUCUUGCAACCUAACCAGAUGGUAUCAUAAUAUUUUCUCCAAUCUUUCUCAUCUUCUAUUACUGGCACUUCCAGACAUUGUUUGCUAUUUUACAGUCCCCUAGAACUAAAACCCUAUGUUUGCACAGCAGCUCUAAUUCUGCACCUUAUCAUGGUGGCUGUUCAGUUGGGCGGGGUGGAUUUCCGAUGCUCACGCGGCUUAAUGUCAAUAUUGUGGCAUAUUCUUUAGUGUGUGUGUUUUCCUGGUUCAGUUCUGAUUUCACGGACAAGUCACCCAUGUUUUUUGCCCAAUCAGCUGCCACGUGGACGUGUCACAAGUGAUGCGCUAAGUGUUUUCAGUUAAGACUCGACUCCCCUUGACUGGGGAUCUGACUAGGCCAGACUUCGGAGGCCAGAUUUUCAAAAUGUUUGGCACCCAACGCACAAAGUCGUCCUACUGAACGCCUGGCCACUUAUUUCGGUGCUUACAUGGGAGGUGAGGUCUUCUGUAUAUCUGGCUGUUUAGAAUCUGCAAUUAAUCUCUGUCAGUUGUCACAGGAGAAGUCUAUAAGGGGCACCAGUGCUGCUCUUACGGUAUGACUGUUCACUGUAGGGGUUGUGUGGGCAACAGCACCUGUUGGUUUUGACUGGGAGUAUUUGCUGAAGGGGGGAUAAUUGCAUCUCUGCUGCUGAGUGUUUGUCAAAGACACGCAGACACUUCAAAAUGUUUUGCUUCCCAUUUCACCUUGACUGCAGAUCUACCUGUCAAUGCUUCGUUAUUUACAGAAAUCUGCUUGGAUUGUUCCACCCACUUCUGUGUCUUCAGUGGUUUUUUUAAGUGCUGCAGCGUGCCUGCAUCCUCACAUAGGUGUCAUGAAAGGUCGAAGGGUUUAAAUGAUCUGUGUUGUGCGAGCGAGCUGAGUAGAAUUGGUCCAUCUUGUGGCAACGAAAGGCCAAAUUGUAUCCUUAGAGACAGGGAUGAAAAGCGGGGCUAACUCUGCUGACUUCGGUUGAAUGAUUAGCUUUGCCCUGCUGUAACUGAGAGCAGAAUGGCGCUCUGGCUCACCUAAUUCCAUAGCAGUAUUACUAGUGUGAAUCGUUUGGGUCAUCCUGACCAUGUAGUUCUCCAUUCCUCCCCCUGCUCGUUGGUGAAUUUCACAGGCCUCCGGAAGCAGCUGUUCAAGAAAGAGACAGACGUUUGUUUGCUUGAAGCAUUGCCAUUGAAUAAUUUAAAAGGGAAAGGAGAAAGCCUGACUGAGCUUAUCCACAAGCUAUUUAGAUAAUGGCGGUUCUAACACACUGAAUGCAAAGGAAAUUUGGUGAAAGGGGGCACGUGGACUGCGUGGUAUAUGUGUGUUGGAAGGGGUGGGAUAAUGGAAGGAUGAUUAAUUGAUCCAUCCUACAGCUAAUUCGGAGGGUAAAGUUAUUGGAGGUAGGGGCAGAGAAUGAGCCUAUGUUUGGUCUGUAAUUAAUGACUCCCUGGUGGGGAAGUGGGCUAUAUCGUGAAGACCUUUUUAUGACCAAGGUCAUGUCCACAUUAGGGGGCUGUAGCACCAUCAUAGCUAUGCCACUAUAGCCUCCAUAGUAUAGACACAACCUCAAGCCACGGCAGGGGGUUUUCCGUCGGCGUAGGAGUGCCACCUCCCUGAACAGUGGUCCAUGGAAAUAUUCUUCCGUCCGCCUACCUGCAUCUACACGUAAAACCUAGAUCAGUUGACCGAAGUUUUAAGUGGAGACCAGGCCCAAGAUCUAAAUCCCACUGCAAAAGAAACACAGUCUUCAUUAAAUGUUGCACCACAGUUGUAAUACAGAAAUCAAACGUGACUAGUAAUGUGGGGUGCCUCCAUUUUUGGGGAGCCUCACCUUAGCCGCCUUAAAAAGAGCCCUAAUUUUCAGAAAGUGCAGAACCCUUUCCCCAUCUCCCUGAAAAUCAGGGCUCCUUUCAGGCAUCUCAAAUUGAGAACCCGGAAAUAGAAGUGCCCCCAAAUCGCUACUCACUUGAGAAAAUCUUGGCUGUCCAUUUUUUAAGGCUAGAAGGGACCAGUAUAAUAAUCUAGACCAGUGAUGCAUAGACUGAGGCUUGGGAGCCUCUGUGGCACAUGAUAUUAAAAUAUUGUGUGAUUGGUUCAUAAUUAAAUGCAAGUUAUUAACCAAUCAGGAUACUUUUCCUAUGUUAUUAACUAAUUGUAGUUGAUAAAAUAAUAUUUGGUCAGUCAUUUUGCUUUGAGAGUCAUAUAUAAAAAUAAUAAAACAUACUCAAAUGAAACAAUGAAUUCACACUACUGUGGCUCUGUUGGGUACUGUUGAUGGCCAAUUUGGCUCCUGGACCAAUGAGGUCUGAGUAUCACUGAUCUAGACUGACCUCCCGAAUAACAAAAAUGCUAAACGAUUUAGAAAAGCUAGCCUAGGAGGAAAGACUAAAAAAAAUCUGCAAAAAGAACAGUGGGCUGUAGCCCACGAAAGCUCAUGCUCAAAUAAAUGUGUUAGUCUCUAAGGUGCCACAAGUCCUCCUGUUCUUUUUGCGGAUACAGACUAACACGGCUGUUACUCUUAAAAAAAAAUCUGGGCAUGUUUAGUCUUGAGAAAAGAAGACUGAGGGGGGAUCUGAUACGUCUUCAAAUAUGUUAAGGGCUGUUAUAAAGAGAAUGGGGAAUCUGGUGUUCUCCAUCUCCGUUGAAGGUAGAACAAGAAGUAAUGGGCUUAAUUUGCAGCAAGGGAGAUUUAGGGUAGAAUUAGGGAAAACUUUCUAACUCUUAAGUGUAGUUAAGGCUUCCGAGAGAACUGAAAUCCCUUCACUGGAGGUUUUUAAGAACAGGUUGGACAUACAUCUGUCAGCGAUGGUCUAGGUUUACCUGAUACUGCCUCAGUGCAGGGGGCUGGACUUGAUGACCUCUCAAUGUCCCUUCUAGCCUGAUGUUUCUAUGAUUCUGUAACAUAGGCUGUAGAAUUUCACUCUCUUUCCUUCACUGAGCCCAGUAACUUGUAGUUGAACUAGAGCAUCUGUGUAUCCAUACUGGAUCUCUCAGACUGACUCCAAGUGAUGGAGAAGCCACCAUGUCGCUUGAGAAACUGUUCCAAUAGUCAAUUACUCUCACUCUUAACAAUGUGCAUCUUAUUCCCUGUUUGAAUUUUGUUCACUUCAGCUUUCAAUUUGGAACGUAUCAGACGUAUGGAGCCAUCAGAUUGCUGCUUUGGAGUGUAUUCUUCACUUGUGUUUUACCUGAAACCAUGGUAAAAUUGAUGGCAAAGCCUGGUGUCGCCAACUUCAGAAGCCUCUGUGAAAGAGGAAACCCUGGUCUGGUAACUUUGGGUUUAUCUGGUACCCAAAGGGGUAGGGAAAGAAUCUUGAGAAAUGCCACCAAUUAGGGGGUUUGCCUUGUCUUUAUUUAAUUAUUUAAAUGUGUAAUCAUUGAGAUCAGUUAGCUCUGUAACCACGUUUACACUCCACAGAAGAGCUUGUUCAUUCUUACCGACUUCCCCAUAUGAAAUCAUGGGAAUGACAAAGAGCGGUGGGAAACCAGAGUAGGAGGCGGCGUUUGAAAUGCACUUUGGAGCCAACUUGGCCUGGUUCUGUUGUUGUCUGUGCAUUUGUAAUAAACAGCCAUCUUACGUGA